AUGAAGGAGGAGUUCGGUCGUCCUGUAUCGUGGGGAGAAGUGUUUCAAAUGACUCACAGAAAGCCAGAUGGAACAUUUGUUGAUUUCAAAGCUCAACAAGUUCAUGAGGCAUAUGAGAAGCAACUGAAUAAAGUUAUGUCUGAGGAAGAUUUUCAAGGGCCUGAUGUUUCAGAGAAUUCUUCUCAACGCUCUACUCAGCAGACACUAACCAUCGAGGAAAAGAAUGAGAUAUUCCGCAAGUGUACACAGACUGAUCCGAAAAGAGUCGUCUUUGGACUUGGGGAACUACCUUUGAUGGUUCAGAGCGGAAAGGGGAAAGAGAGCUUUGCAAGCUCCAUUGCGCCGGAACUCUCACAGAUCCAAGACCAACUUUAG